ACGUCUGCGUCGGGCUGAGAAGCCAUAUCUGAAGUGCCUCUUGAUGCAAGUGAUAGCUGAUGCUCUUUACUAUAAUGCAUCCCUGACACUGAACAUACUUCAAAAGCUUGGCAUUGCUACAGAGGUCUUUAAUCUCUGGUUCCAGAUGUUGGGACAAACAAAAAAGAGUGGAGCGCGGGUCAACUUUAAGAGGGAACAUGACAAAAAGGUUUGCUGCUUGGGCUUGACAUCUUUGCUCCCUCUUCCUGUGGAUCAAUUGCCAGGGGAGGCCUUAGAGCGUGUUUUCAAAGCAGCUCUAGAGCUGCUUGUUGCCUACAAGGAUCAAGUAGCAGAAGCCGCUAAGGAGGAUGAGGCAGAAGAUGAUGAUGAUAUGCAUGGAUUACAAACUGAUGAGGACGAUGACGAAGAUGAUGGAUCUGACAAAGAAAUGGGGGUUGAUGCUGAGGAAGGGGAUGAAGCUGACAGCACUAGGCUUCAAAAAUUGGCUGCACAGGCAAAAGCAUUCCGUUCGCACGACUCCGAGGAAGAUGAUGACUCCGAUGAUGAUUUUAGUGAUGAUGAUGAAGAGUUGCAAUCACCCCUGGAUGAGGUGGAUCCCUUCAUUUUCUUUGUGGAAACGAUCAAAGCUAUGCAGGCAUCUGAUCCAUUAAGGUUCCAGAGCCUCACCCAGACUCUGGACUUUCAUUAUCAAGCAUUGGCAAAUGGUGUUGCUCAGCAUGCCGAGCUGAGAAGAGUAGAGAUAGAGAAGGAAAAGAUGGAGAAGGCAUCAGUAACAGCUGCUUCAUGAUUUUGGUGGGCCGGUUUGCUUAUGGCCAAACUCAAUUUGCUCCGAGUACUUCAGCUAUCCCUUUCAUUCAAUAAUGAUUUGAGAAGAUAUUAAGUUGCUAAGUCUAAAGGAUUUGAAAGGUUUGCUGGUUUCAUUAAUUUGCGAGUCGUGAUGAGUAAUCACAUCCAAAUAUGCACAGUGGUUCCAGAGGGGCAGAAGAUGAGCCGCGACUGGGUCUGCUUCCCUUUCUUCUGCUGUGUGGUUUUGAUGAGUCUCCGUGAAGUGGGCUAUUCUAUGUCAGAAAAUGCCUCUUUGCUGCAUGUCAUUGUUUUUUCCGGGUGUCUUGUAGUUCAUUUCAUACGGAUGAAAAACCUUAGGAUUAUUCAUUGGUAGCCCUUCUAUCUGGUCUAGGUGGGCGUGGGGGUUUUGGGGAUGGGGGUAAAUGCAUACAGCAUUUAUCAUGUAUUAUAUUCAUUCGGCAUACUGUCUGAAUUUGGGUGAUUAAUGCCCUAAAAGUUUUGUAAGUCAUGGUUGUAGUUUAUAUUAUACAUCAUUGUUUUAUUUUUGGGUUG